GGCGAGAGCGAGAGCUGUGGGAGUGAUAGCAGGAUGGAAGUGGCGGCGCGAAGGGUGCUGAACCACAUCUCAGUGACGGCAACGUCAUGCUCGAGCUCGAGCGAGACCUUGAGCGAGGCCCGGAGCGUCGUCUCUGACGGCAACGACCUGCUCCAUGCAUGGGAUGCGGCGCAUACGCCGCGAAUGGAAGGAUCGAGCCGUAGUACGCCACGGUCUGGGCGCCAUGUGGUCGAUGCGACGGGGACGGCCGGCGAGCGCAACUCGCGACUGGUGAGCCUCUCAGCCAAGCUGCACAACUUUGGCGGCUCGCUGCGGCGGCUCGACCGCGGUAUCGUGUCAUUUGUGGCCAAGUCUUCGGCGGCGAUCACGUCAAAGCUCAAGGCGAGCCUCGGUUUCGACGACGUCGGUGCUGGCAUCUCGAUCGAGGAACUGGUGGCCGGCCUCACCCGAGAGCAGCGCGUGGCGCGGGCGGGAUACUUUAUCGAGGACGCGAUGCGCCACCGGUACCAGUUUGGCAAGGGCAUGUACUACUUGCAGGACCCGCGACGGAUGGCGGUGGUCUCGCUCCGCGAGCACUGGGCGUAUCAGGGAGCACUGCAACUGAUUGUGAUGUUGUACAUGGCGCAGGCGCUGCUGGUGCUGCCUGACGAGGCGCGACCGGACGGGCGGCCGGCGACGGUGUGGCGAGUGGGCGUCAUGACUGCAUUGCAUGUAGCCAACGGGCUGGGUGCGGCGACGAUUUUCAGCGACGUGCUGCUCCGAUCGUAUGUGUGGGGCUGGCGAGCCUUUGUACGGUCCAAGGUCUCGCUGCUUCAGGGUGUGCUGGUUGGUGUGCUGGUGGUUGACACUCUGGUCGCGCUGCUAGGGCUGACGUCGUCAACCGGGCGUGGGUUUAAGCUGGUGCGCGCGGGGCGGGCGCUACUUGUGUUUCGAUCGCGGCGUGUGCGCGGGACGGUGGCGGCGGUGGUGGCGACGAUUCCAUCUGUGCUUCAUGUCUCGCUCUUCAUUGUGCUUAUCAUGCUGAUGUACGCAAUCAUGGCGAUCCAGCUCUACAGCGAGGUGGACGGGUACACUACAUUUGAGAACUUUGACUCGCUGGUGCCUGCAAUGCGGUCACUGUUUGUCCUCCUCACGGCCGACAACUAUCCGGACGUGGUAGUGCCUGCGGCGGGGCGGUCCGGGUAUGCUGCGUGGGUAUACUUUGCGUCGUUCCUGAUUGUGGCGACGUUUGUCUCGUUCAACAUUGUGCUCGCGGCGAUGGUCCCAUUCUACAAGGACGAGCAUCUCAACUUUGUGCUGAUGGAACGGGUUCAGGAGCGCAAGGCGCUCAUCUGCGCCUUUGCGCUCAUCGACGUCGACUCGUCGGGCUGUCUCGAGGUGCCCGAGUUUGUUGAGACGGUGCUGAGGGUGGCGCCCGAGGCGUCGCCGGACAAGGUGGCCAAGCUGUUUGCGUUUGCCGACGCCGAUGGUGACGGGACGGUGGACAUGCUGGAGUUCUUCGACAUGUGCAAUCUGCUCGUGCAUCGCAAAAAGGACUUGCAGCCGGUCCACGGCCGGUCGCGGUACUGUGUCCCGAUGCGGAUCCGGGUCAUGGUCCACGAGUUUGUCGAGUCGCCGCUCGUCCAGUGGCUGCUCUUCAUUCUCCUUGUGGCCAACACGGUGGUGUUUUGCCUCUUUGGUGCGGUCUCGAGCGAGGUCGAGGAUCGUUUGCAUGUCAUCAACGACGUCUUUCUUGGCGUCUUCACCCUUGAGGUCGUGCUCAAGCUCGCGGCGCUCUCGCCGACGCUCUUCUUUGCCGACGUCUGGUCGCGAUUUGACUUUGUGGCGGUCAUUGUGUGUGGGCUCGGUUCACGACUGGUCAAUGUGUACAUCCAGCGCGCGGGUUGGGCGUCUGCAGGCGUCAAGUUCAACGUCCAGAGGUGGUCGCGGGGGCUGGGCGUGGUGAGGAUCUUCCGCAUCAUGGCGGCGUUUUCGGCGUUCAAGGCCGUCGCCGAGACACUGUACAACAUCCGCGGCAUUCUCAUUCAGUUUCUGGGCAUCAUCGGCCUUAUUUUUUACAUGUACGCCAUUGUCGGGCUGGAUCUGUUCACAUAUGCGCUGUCGGACGAGUGGGUCAACUUUGAGACGAGCUCCGGGGCAGCUCUGGUGCUAUUCCAGGUACUCGCCGAGGCCGAGUGGGCGGAUUUGAUGUACGCCGCGAUGGGGCACACCUCGGACUGGGCGGCGUACUACUUUCUCAGCUUUGUCGUUGUCACCAACAUUCUCAUCCUCAACACCUUCAUCUCGAUCCUGCUCGAGGCAUUUGAGACUGGGUUCGACAUGAACCAGUUCAAGGUCAAAAAGUCGCACUUCAAGUCGGUGCUCCAGCGGUUCAUGCCGUCUCGGGGCCGACGCGAUGGCGAGCGCCGCAAGCGAGUCCGGCUCAGGGUGCCUUCGGGCUCGGGCUCACGGUCGGGCUCGUCAUGCAACGACAUGCCGGCUCGCCACGACUGGGAGCAAGCCAUCCACGGCGAGCAGCUGGCAACCAUCAGCGAGCGCGAACUGGCCGAGCUCGCGGCGGCCGGCGUCGACACGGCUCACUUGUCGCGGCUGAUCGAUGUCCGCCGCGAGUCGAGCACCGAUCUUCUCGCGCCUGUCGACAUAAGCCGCCCAGCCGUACCCAGGGUCGACGUUCUCCCGCCAACUCCGGCUGUCGAAAGAUCCCCGGCAUGCGAGCUGGACGGUUAUGCGCUCUCGCAGUCGGACGACGCAGAAGCCUCGCUGACAGACUUGGUGAGGCCGGGCCUUGCGCUGACAUCGGACGCGGACAUUACGGCCCUUGGGCAGCAGAGUGUAGUUGGCCCAGCCGAGGGCGAGUCGUCCAGCGAUUGGAGUGAUGACGAGGAAAGCGAGGUCGAUGUGGAUGCUGUGCUGGCUGUCCUCGCAGCGCGGAGGAGCGAGCGGGCUGCGCGCGCAGCCCGGGUCCGGACAUGAAAGCGCACGUGCGCAGGAAAGCCGCAUUGCCAGCUUUCGCCCCCUGGUAUGCUCAGGAGGUAGGGCAGCCGUAGCGAGCCGUCCAUGCCGUGCAGGACAUCGAGGUGACACGCGGGUGGCGAGGCGGGUGUGGUUCGUAGGUGAAUGGCGGAAUGGCAUCGACAUAAGAGACCGAGACGACCGGCGAGCUAGGGGACAGCGGUGCAGAGGUACAGAGCCAGGCCGUGGUGUGAAAGAAGCGGCGCUCGGUGAGCGCAUCGUACACGCCGUACUCGCUGAUUGCAAGCAUGCCAAUGUCGGCGUGAACGAGCGAAGCCUCUGUCGAACCAGGUGCAGGCCAAGCCGGUGUAUCGCCGUGGGCCGGCAUCGAAGCGGUCAGAAUGACGCCCGACGCGGUGUUGCCGGUGUAGAGAUUGUAGCGGAGCGGGUCCGGAAUGCCACCGUAGAGGCCAACGAGGGGGAUGACGAGUGCCACAGCGAGUAGCAGAGCAAAGUACGCCGAGGCCGCGAGCGGCGAGACAAA